AUGGCGUCGCCCAGAACGAGAAAUUCGAAACAUGCUAAUGCAGCUGAGCCAAUCCCCACCACGGUGCAGGUUUCGCGUCGCGCGAGUGACGCCGGUUUGGAGACCCUACCCUUGGCAGUGGCCACUCAGCGUGUGAUGUUUCGAUUGUUCAUCGCAACAUCCGACACGGACAGGGAGAAAGAAAAGUAA